AUGGCUUCCAAUGACAAAGUUACUUUGCAGAACAUCCAAGACUACGCCAAUAAGUACUUUCCAGACGAGUUCGCAAAAUUGCCUUUGGUCGAAGACUUGGUCUGGGUACCAGCCUCACAAACUCGAACCACGACACAGUGGUACAUGAAGAUCGCCCUGGUAAAGCUUCGUAUCGGCGGAUAUAAGGAUAUCCAGUCAACAUGGGCCCACAAAGAGCUUGACCAGUCGCCUGGGGGAGUAUACAUGCUAUCUGGAGGACAACGGAUCCUAUCGGUGAUGCUACCACACAUCGAGGACCUCUGCCAUCCAUUCAAGGCCGCAUAUCGACAAAGUGGAUAUUCAUUUGAUAUGGUAGGACCCGAUUACGGCUUCGAGCUGAAAACUUUGAUCGAGUACUACUUUUUGCUGAAGGGCGCGAUAACGCCCUUCAAGUAUCCGUGGGCUAUGGAUAAUUUUGAAUGGGCGGUCAGGUCGGUCGCGAACGGGGCGCCGCUGAAUAACAUUCCUACCACAAAAUUUAGCGCGGAUGUAGAGACGCGGAUGCGCUCUUUUCAGACUAUGCUUCCCUCUGCACCGCACGCAUCAGCGAUGUUACCGGCUAGAAUCGGUACCCAAGGCCGAGGUACCUCACUCACGGAGGAUCUGAUGCGCACGGUCAAGAAUCGUGUCCCUGAAGAGAUUGAAGGAACUGGUAAGCGAUGGUUGAUCCCGUUUGAUUGCUUCAUCAGGAGGCGUGGCUUACGCAGAAUAGGUACAACAAAACAAGAAGCACAUCAUACAGACAGAAUCCAGAUGAAGAAGCUCUUCAAAGACCAGAAGGAUGCGCGAAGAAAGAUUGAUGAAGACAUGGCCGCCACAUCAGCUCAGAAAGAGGCACACAUAGCAAGGAUCCAAGUACUUGAAAAUGAGCUCUCUGAGGCACAGGCAGCGCGUAAAGCAACCGAUGGAGCUAUGGCAGCUCUGCAUGAGCGACACAAACAGAUGCAAAAGCUGCUGGAUAACAGUCGAACCGAGAACGAGGAAGUGAGAAACCAGCUGAAGACACUUGCUAACAGCAGCGUUAGAGACGCCCGCGUAUGGAAACAGAGGGUGCGAGCAGAACAGAACAGACGGUUAGAGGCGGAGGACAAGCUCAAGGAAGAAUGUGCUCGCAAAGAAUCCCGGUGGGAGAAAGCGCAAGCUUUCUACACAAACCAGAAAGAGUUGCUCGAGAUACAGGUUGCAGAAUGUCCGGAAGAAGAGAAGGAAUCAAUUAUGGAAGCAUUCAAGGCAGAGUAUGGAGAGCUUUGCCCAGAAUGA